AGCUAAGUGGGCAAUUGUGACUCCCCUAUAUCCAGCUUAAUUCCCACUGAGAAACGCGACCGAUCAUGAAAGUGAUAGAGGAGAGUUUCGUUAUUGGACCAUCGUCAUCAUCAUCAAGACCGAUUCAUGUUUAUCUAAGUUUCAAAGGAGAUGACGAAACUUGUAGAUUUACAGAUAUGCUGUGGGCUGCUCUUGAGACUGAUGAUUUGAAUACCUUUUGGGAUGAUAAGAAGCUUGAACCAGGUGAUUCCAUCUGUCUUCCUCGUCAUUUUCUUAAACCAAUUCGACAAUCCAAUAUUUCCAUCGUUGUCUUCUCCAAAAACUAUGCUUCUUCUGUAUGGUGCCUUGAGGAGCUCUCAGAGAUCGCUGCACGCAUUCAUGAACCGCGAUAUACUGUUUUUCCAAUUUUCUGUGAUGUCGACCCAUCUGAGAUUCAAAACCAAAGUAACUCUUUUGAAAAAGCUUUUGCUCAACAUGAACAAAGGUUCCCAACAAAUUUACGCAAGGCACACAUUUGGAGAUCAGCAAUAAAUCAAGUGGCCAAUCUCUCUGCGGGUUGGGAUGUACCAUAUGAGCCAGAGCCACAAGUUGUUGAUGACAUCAUUAGGGAGGUCAAGAAAAAAAUGCGUGAAUUAGUCUAUGCUGAUGUUGAUCUGGUAGGGAUGCGAUCUCGAGUGAGAGAAGUAGAAGAGCUUCUUGAUUUGGGUUCAAAAGAUGACAUUCGGGUUGUGGGCAUUUGUGGUAUGGGUGGAGCAGGGAAGACAACUCUUACGAAAGUUCUCCAUGAUAGGAUCUCUCACCAUUUUGAUGCUUCUUAUUUGGUACUCAACGCAAUUGAAUUUAAUCAGAACACAAUGCUAGGAAAUUACAAGAGAACUCUCUUAGUUCUCGAUGUUGUUGGUAUUGGUGAUAUUCUACGAUCACUGAUCAUUGCCGUAAGAGAAAACCUAUUAGGAGGAGGGAGUAGAAUCAUCAUAACAACUAGAGAUGAAGGAGUGCUUAAGAUGUUUGAAAAGCAUGAUAUUUAUAGGGUUAACUUAUUGACCAAGAACGAAGCUCUUCAGUUAGUUUGUAGGAAAGCUUUCAAAUGUGGUUUCCCAGCAAGAGUUUAUGAGGAGCAAGUAGAUAGUGUACUCCAAUAUACUAAUGGCCAUCCAUUGGCAAUUGUUAUGCUGGGCUCAUUCUUGUUUAACAUAAAACCCUCAGAUUGGAGUAAUGCCUUGGUUCAAUUCAAAAUAUUGGCUAAGCCGUCGUUAACUAAAGUACUCAAACAAAGUUUUGAUGAUUUGGAUAAUAAGCACGCAGAAGCCUUUCUAGACAUUGCAUGUUUUUUCAUAGGGAAGGAGAUCAAAUUUGUAAAAGGAGUCUUACGGUCUUGCGAUUUGGUUAAGGACAAUGGAAUUCAACUUUUGGAUGAAAAGUCACUCAUCACCAUUAUAGAUCAAAAAAUACAAAUGCAUGGUUUACUGCAAAUGGGAAGAGAAAUUGUUCAGAAUCAAUUCCCUUCCAAGCCAGAAGAAUGGAGUAGAUUAUGGGAUUUUGCUGAUGUUUAUAGUGUUGUGCAACGUGACACAGCGGCUCUAAAGGUUAAAGCAAUAGUUCUCGAGCUAUAAGAUUCACAAGAAACUAUAUUGAGGGUUGAAGGUUUAUCACACAUGAAAAAUCUGAGAGUACUCAUACUUCGCAAUGUGAAAUUUUCAGGGGUCUUACAUCACCUUUCAUCGCAACUCCGGUAUAUUUCAUGGCACCAAUAUCCUUUUGCUUCAUUGCCAUAUAAAUUUCGACCAUACAGCCUUAA